GUUGGUUUUUGCGUUUUCGCAUUUUCGCAUUUUGCUUCUGCUUUUUGCUUUUCGCCGUUUCGGUCCUCAAUGUCACCGUCGUCGGUGGCCGUUUCGGCACCGGGAAAAGUAUUGUUCGCGGGAGGGUUCUUGGUCCUUGACAGAAAACAUACCGGAGUCGUUUUCGGGCUCAACGCUCGGAUCCACGCCCGAGUCGAGCCUUGGAACGACAAACCACGUUCGUUGAAGGGGGAGGGGGAAAGGCACAUUCUCGUACAGUCGCCUCAGUUUCUCGAGGCGAAAUGGUUGUAUAGGGUCGGUUCAUCAAACACUCCUGAUUCAUCAUCAGAAGAAGAAGACGUCGCCGUCAAUGUCGAACAAGUACCGAUGACCACCCAGGACGACGAUGAAGGAGGGACGGCGAGCAGCACAACCACAAAUAAAUUUGUCGAGACGACUCUACGAUACGUCUUGACCUAUGUUUCAAGUCGAGGCCGCCAGCACGUCACGACGAACGACAUCAAAAUCACCGUUCUCGCUGACGACGACUAUUAUUCUCAAUCCUCAGCCGCCUCCAAGUCUUCAACAACUACACCUUUUACGAGCUUCGGGGUCAAGUUACGUAACGCACACAAGACAGGGUUGGGUUCGUCCGCUGCCCUGGUCACGUCCUUGGUGGCUGCCCUGUUGGCGUUUUACCUCGAAGAGAACGGCGGCGACGAUGCCGCGUCAUUGCCGCCGCAAAAGGUCAUUCACAAUCUAGCUCAGGCGGCGCAUUGUGCAGCCCAGGGGAAAGUCGGGUCGGGGUUUGACGUUGCGGCGGCGGUGUACGGGUCGUGUCUUUAUCGAAGGUUCACACCUGCAAUUUUGGAAGCUGUCGGGGAGCCAUCCAGCCCCGGAUUCAGGGAUCGACUUCGCCUGUGCGUGGAUGACCUUGAGCUGAACCACAAAUGGGACGUCGAGGUGGCCGGCCACGCCAUCAAGAUCCCGGACGGUCUGAUCUUGGUCAUGUGCGACGUCGACUGUGGUUCUGAGACGCCCGGGAUGGUGCGAAAGGUUCUGCAAUGGCGGAAAGAAAAGGCAGAGGAGGCGGGCUUGUUGUGGAAUGCCAUACAACAGGGCAGUGACGAUCUCUGUCAGGAACUACGACGGCUUUCGGAAGUUGAUGGAGUUGUUGCUCAGGCGGAAGAGGAUGGCCCCUUCAAGGGUCUAGGUGAUAUCCUCUUGACGGUUCGAAGCCUCGUCCGAGAAAUGUCGGCAAAAUCAGAGGUGCCUGUUGAGCCUCCGGUCAUUACGGAACUGUUGGACUACUGCACGUCGUUGCCGGGCGUGGUUGGGGGCGUGGCCCCUGGAGCCGGUGGUUAUGAUGCCGUUGCUCUCCUGAUAAAAAGUGAUGUCGAUGUUGUUCGUGGCCUGCGGGAGAAAUUGGACGGCUGGAAGGGCCAAGAUGAUUCGGGUGCUACGAUCGGUCAUGUCAGACUACUUGGGGUCAAGCAGGCGAAGGAGGGAAUGCGACGAGAAGAUGUCGGACAGUAUGCUGAAUGGGUAUGAGUUGGUCAAUUCUCCUACGAGAGUGACGGAAUCUGUACUUCAAUGCAGCGAUUGAGAUAGUACCGUACUCGUACUUUGGAAGCCGAUAAACCCGAGUUUGCUGGGCGCACGAGGGAACAAGCAUUUGGGGCGGGAGGAGGAGCCUCGGAGGUGUCCACUUCAUGCCUAGGGAC